GUCACGGUCCGUCCGGCGCGGCCUUCAGCGCUCGGUAUAUAAAGGGGCGCGAACCAGGACCCGACGCAGUUCUGAUCCUUGUUCAAGAAAGGCAACAUGAGAGUUCUGGUUCUUUUGGCAGUGCUGGGAGUGUGCUCGGCCGCCCCCUUCAUCGGGGACACGCCCGAAGUGCAGGCUGAGAAAGCGCGGUUCUUCCAAGCCUUCCGCGCUGCUCAGGCUGCCGCCGCUCCCCAGCAGGCCGUCGUCUAUCACCAGGCUGCUCCUGUUGUUCAGACCAAGUGGAUGGGACCCGUGGCUGCCACCAUCCCCGCCGGCGUCGACGGCACCGUCACCCCCGUGGGCGACACCGCUGAGGUUGCCGCCGCCCGCAACGCCUUCCUCAACGCCUACCGCGCCCAGGUCGCAGCCACGGUCGGCGCUGCCCCUGUCGUGCACUCCGCUGCCCCAGUGUACAAUGCCAUCCCAGCCGUGCCCCAGCAGACCUUCCACCACGCCGCCCCAGUCCAGCCCAAGUGGACCGGCCCCGUGGCAGCCACCGUCCCCGCCGGACUCCCAGGCUCCGCCCCCCAGGUCGCCGACACCGCCGAAGUCGCCGCCGCCAAGCAGGCCUUCUUCAACACCUACCGCCAGCAGGCAGCGGCUGCGGCAGCCCCCUCGGCCCACUACUUCUAGAUCGUCCUGUGAUAAUCACAUUAUAUAAAAAUGUAUAAAAGUCCAUAACAGUUCAACGUAAAAUUAUAAAAUAAAAUUAUAUUUGUA